AUGGCACCUCCAUUUAUCGUCGACAUUCACACCCAUGUCUACCCUCCGUCUUAUAUGAACAUGCUGCGCUCGCGCAAGACGGUUCCCUAUAUCCACGAUCCACCCUCCAAUGCGACUCCACGUCUCAUCAUCCUCGCUUCUGAUGACGAUCCAUCCAUUCCCCUCGAUCAGCGCGGUCGUCCCGUGGAUUCCUCCUACUCAGACAUCAACGCGAAGCUCUCCUUCAUGCGUCAACACGGGAUUAAUUCGAGCGUCAUAUCCUUGGCCAAUCCUUGGCUAGAUUUUCUCGAGCCUGAAGAAGCUCAGGUAUGGGCAGAGCGUAUAAACAAUGACCUGGAAGCAACAUGUGCGCGAGUGAAUCAAGCAGCGGACCCAACAGGAACCAGCGCACUCCACGAUAAAGAAACACUUUUUGCAUUUGGGGCACUGCCAUUGAGUGCGCCCAGUCCCGAUGUCGUCGUCAACGAGAUCAAGAGACUAAAGAUACUGCCUCAUUUACGGGGCGUCAUCAUGGGCACAUCCGGGCUAGGGAAAGGCCUAGACGAUGCCAGGUUAGAUCCCAUCUGGGCGGCACUCCAAGAAACAGGCUCUAUGUUAUUUCUACACCCCCAUUACGGCCUCCCCGAUGAGGCAUUUGGUGGUUCAGAUGCGACGAACCGAUACGGCCACGUUCUCCCAUUGGCAUUAGGGUUUCCUCUAGAAACUACAAUUGCAGUGACGAGAAUGCUCCUGUCUGGCGUCUUUGAUCGGUUCCCUCAGUUGCAGAUCUUACUAGCUCAUUCUGGAGGGACGCUUCCUUUCCUCGCAGGGCGGAUAGAGAGUUGCAUCCUUCAUGAAAGAAAGUUUGUUGCGAAUGGUGGCGACGUUCCAGGUCCGCAGAGGAGUGUGUGGGAUAUCCUGAAGACAAAUAUCUAUCUCGACGCAGUUGUAUAUAGCACGGCUGGACUAAAUGCAGCUGUAACUGCUAGCGGAGGAACUGACCGACUUCUAUUUGGAACUGAUCAUCCAUUCUUUCCUCCAUUGGAGAGUAAAGACGAGAAGUGGGCAAGCGUAACGACCAAUUAUAAAGCAAUCCAUGCUGCAUUCGAUACAGACAACGAUGCCGUCACAGCAGUCUUGGGAGGGAAUGCAGCUAGAAUUCUUAAUCUGAAAUGA